AUGGGCCUGCAGCCAGGCCAGUCUGUGGACAUGGUGCUGCGAGGCUUCUCCCACAUCCCACAGGAGGUGCAGGAUUAUGUGUUGUGUGAAGCUGUCAUUGGGACAAACAUAAUGAAAAAGAAGAUAAUAAAAACAAUCAUUACCUGCGAGUUUAUUCACCCCUCUAUAGAAGUGUCAGCCAGACAAUUCUCUUUCCGGGUGGACAAGAAACCCAGUGAUGUCCUGAGGCUGCAGUACCAGCCUUUGGCUUUAAAAAACACCUGCCUGCUGCCACUGGACCUCAUGCUGGACUUGGAGCAGCCGUUCCUGAUCUGCAAUGUGGACCAGCAGCCCCUCCCACAUGGCCAGCCCGUGAGAGUGGAUGUAGGGCUUAUGAACUGGAUUUUAAGAGCUGGAAAAAAGAGAAGGUUCUGA